CGCUGGCAGCCGAAGGGUUAUGGCCGGCCCGGUGUCUGUGAAGGCGGCGUUGGAGGUGGCGGAAGUGCUGGAAACCAUCGUGAGCGGCUGCGUGGGGCCCGAGGGGCGGCAAGUUUUGUGUACGAAGCCCACCGGCGAGGUGCUGCUCAGCCGGGAUGGAGGCCGCCUCCUGCAAGUGCUACACUUAGAGCAUCCCAUAGCCAGGAUGAUGGUGGCAUGUGUUUCCAGUCAUCUAAGAAAAACAGGAGAUGGUGCUAAAACAUUUGUUAUCUUUCUUUGCCAUUUACUCAGAGGACUUCAUGCAGUCACAGACAAAAGAAAGGAUUCUUUGAUUUCCGAAAAUAUUCAAACCCAUGGAAGACAUUGGAAAAAUUGUUGUCAGUGGAAAUUUAUUUCCCAAGCUCUUGUGACGUUUCAGACACAAGUAUUAGACUAUGUUAUGGACCAAUACUUAAGUAGACACUUUUUGUCCAUCUUUUCUUCAUCCACUAAAGAGAGAACAUUGUGUAGGAACUCUUUAGAGUUGCUCUUAGAAGCAUACUUUUGUGGAAGAGUGGGAAGAAAUAAUCACAACUUUAUUUCGCAGUUGAUGUGUGACUACUUUUUCAAGUGUAUGGCUUGUGAAAGUGGGUUUGAAGAAGUAUUUGAGUUAGUGGAUGACUGUUUUGUAGAGUUGAACGUUGGUGUCACAGGCCUUCCUGUUUCAGAUUCCAGGAUCAUGGCUGGGCUUGUGCUUCACAGAGACUUUUCUGUGUACUGUCCAGCAGAUGGUGACAUAAGAACAGUGAUAGUCACAGAAACCAUUCAGCCUGCUUUUUCAACUUCUGGAUCAGAGUUUAUUCUAAAUUCAGAAGCACAGUUUCAGGCAUCUCAGUUUUGGAUUAUGGAAAGGACAAAAGCAAUGAUGAAAUAUUUAGAGAGUCAGAAUGUAAAAUUGCUCCUAUCUAGUGUGAAACAACCAGACUUAGUGAUUUUCUGUGCAAGACUGAAGGGCAUAUCGGUGGUGGAGUGUUUAUCAUCUGGAGAAGUUUCCCUUAUCCAGAGGGUCAUUGGUCUUUCUCCCUUUGUACUCCCACAGGCCUCUUCACAGUUUGAAAUCUCUAACACUGCUUUGGUGAAAUUUUGUAAGCCCCUUGUCCUGAGAGCUAAAAGGUAUGUUCAUCUUGGCUUGAUUAGCACAUGUUCCUUUAUACCACACUGUCUAGUUCUCUGUGGACCAGUGCAGGGUCUUGUUGAACAACAUAAAGAUGCUUUAUAUGGAGCAUUUAAAAUGCUUCGGCAGUUAUUUAAAGACCUGGAUCUAAAUUACGUGACACAAGCCAGUGACCAAAAUUAUACCUCAAGUCCUCUUAUUUAUAAGAAUAGUAGAGAAAGUAAUCAGUUACCAGAAGUUGUUAAUGGCUCAAUACAAAGCCCACAUCAGGGCACUAUUGUAAAGAACAGAGAUGAACUGGCAAAAACUCAAACAUAUUUAAAAGUAUAUUCAAAUUUGGUAGUUCCAAGUGUAGAAUUAGAAACACGUAUUCUAUGUUCAACACCAAAAGUGACACCAACGGAUACAUACCAGACAGAUGAAACAUUGAGAUGUUUCUCUCCAAACAAAACUGGGAUAAUUGAUAAUCAUGAGUCAUUUACCGAGAGUAAUUCUGCUAAUUCAACAACAGAAAAUACUAGAAUAGAAAUUUCUUAUGAAAAUUUACAGGUCACAAAAACUGCUGGCAAGGGGAGCAUGUUACCAGUGAGAUAUAAGUCACUGGAGAUAUGUACUUCCCAGAGUUACUGUUUCUCAUCUAUACCAGCAGGGUGUGUUUUGCCAGUGGGUGGUAAUUUUGAGAUCUUGUUACAUUACUAUCUUCUCAACUAUGCCAAAAUAUGCCAGCAAUCAGAAGAAACCAUGGUUAGUAUGAUAAUAGCUAAUGCACUUUUAGGCAUUCCCAAAAUCCUGUAUAAGUCUAAGAAAGGAAAUUACAGCUUCCCACAAAUAUAUUUAAAAGCUCUCCAUGCACUACAAACCAGUCAACCCAUGGUAAGCAGUCAGACAGGUUUGGAAUCAGUAGUUGGUAAAUACCAGUUACUAACUUCAGUUCUUCAGUGUUUGACAAAAAUUUUAACCAUUGAUUUGGUAAUCAAUAUUAAGAGACAGCCUCAGGAAAUUUAUGAUCAAGAUUCAGAAGAGGAACUAUAAAACUGAAAGUUUUUUAUUAACCAAAGUUUUAAUCCAACUCAAGCCAUAAAGUAAGGCAGGCACAUGACCAGUGAUUCUCAUGUCAGUUCAGUCUAGUUAGGAAAACAGGAUAACUUAAAAAGUCUUUGGAAGAAGAACACUAAAAGGUCACUAGACAUUCAGACACAGAUAUUAGACUACGUUAUGGAACAAGACCGGCAAGAAGCCUUCUGGAUGGGGGAAACCACGAUCUAGGUAUGUUUUCUUUCCCCUUUAUGUCUCUGUGUCUCAGCUCCGUAUUAGUUGAUGUGUUGGGGAGAAGGUGUUUCUUUACAGCUCCUCCUUUUUACUUUAUCUCUUUUUUCACUCUCUUCAUCUCUCCUCCCUCAUCUUUCUGUAUUUAGUUCAUAGAAUCGUUUAAUCUCAGAUUUGUUUAUAAUGCCAUUCUAUUUUAAUUGUUUAUAAUAUAAAGCAUAUUAUUUGCUUCAUUUAAAAUAAUUUAUUUUCCCUAUUCAUAAUUUCUAAAGCAAUGAAUAAAAAGUCUUGAUUUUUUUUUCUCACAAAACAUAUAACUUGGGGCCAGUCCGGUGGGUGGUGUAGUGAUUCAGUUUGCAUGCUCUGCUUCGGCAGCCUGGGGUUCACAGGUUCAAAUCCUGGGCACAGACCUACACACCACCACACGUCAAGCCAUGCUGUGGCAGCAUCCCAUGUACAAAACAGAGGAAGCUGGGCACGGAUGUUAGCUCAGGGCUAAUCUUCCUCAGCAAAAAGAGGAAGACUGGCAAGGGACGUUAGCUCAGAGCCGGUCUUCCUCACCAAAAAAAGAAAAAAGCGUAUAAAUGAGUGUUUACUUUUAUAUGGCCCUUGUUUAUUUCAUUUCAUGUGGAAAAGCCUGGAUCGAUUUUCACCAUCCAUACACCAUUGAGUAUGUAUUACCAGAAAUAUGACCUUGUGCAUUGUGAACUUAUUUUCAUUUCUUUAGCUAAAAGUUUAUUCAAGAAAGGAUAUGAAAUUUAUACUUUCAUUUCCUCCUGACCCCAAGAACUUGUAAAAAUAGUUCAAGUAUUUGCUGGUUUUUCAUGUGUCUGGUGCAUAGCCAGCAUUCAAUAGUAACAAAUAAUUUGAGAAUUAUGUAUUUCUAUAUGAAUUUUAAAAUGUUUAUAUUUUAUUUUAAAUGUUUAUAAAUGUAAGUAACACUGUACGUCUAGCUGUGGAUAAGGACAGUGUCUUCUACUGUUAGUAGUUCUGUAGCACUCAAGGCAGUGCUGUGUUGAUACAGGCAUACCUCGGAGAGGUUGCGGUUUUAGUUCCAGACCAUUGCAAUAAAGCGAAUAUCGCAAUAAAGCAAGUGACAUGAAUUUUUUGGUUUCCCAGUGCAUAUAAGAUAUGUUCACACUAUACUGCAAUCUAUUAAGUGUGCACUAGCUCUAUGUCUAAAAAAACUGUACAUAAAUUAAAAAAUACUAACCAUCAUCUGAGCCUUCAGCAAGUCAUAAUCUUUUUGCUAGUGGGGGGUCUUCUACAAAGUGCAAUAAAGCGAAGCACAAUAAAAUGAGAUAUGCCUUGUACCAAGUAUUCAGAAGUGCUUACUGAAUAAAACUGUUAUCUCUAAUCCAUUUUCCUAAAUAUACGUUUCCAGUGUACUAAUUCAGUAAAUUCUUGCUGAGUGCUUACUAUGUGCCAGAUGCUGAAUAUACCACGGUAAACAAAUAGAUAUGGUUCCUACCUUUGUGCACCUUUCCUCAGAGGUUAAUGGAUAGAUAGUGACACUACUUGAGUUGAGAUUAAGUUUAGGAAAACGUAUAAAAAAUUUAAUUACAGUUAAACUUGAAAAAGUGAUAACUAAUAAUGUAUUAGAAACUGUAACAUCCUGUCAUGCAAUAUCUCAUGAUCUGUUACAUUAAAUAUAAUUUAAUUUUUGUAAGGUUUAUGCCAUAUGAUAACAUUUCAUUUCUGUGAAUAUGGAGAGAAUAAAUUAACUCUUUCUUUUACUAAAUUCAUAGAUGUAUGAACCUACUGUAAAAUUGCUGUAUAAUUUUUUUCAUUCACCUUUUUUUUUGUCAGGUCAUUUGACAGUUUUGCUUUAUUUUGUUGUUGUUGUUUUAAAUACUCCUCCAUAACUGAAGGCUUUCAAAGACUUUUCCAGGUAUGCCUUGCAUAUGGUAGGCGUUUUACAGCUGUAAAUAAUCUCUAGUCCAGAAGCUGCUUUGUAGGCUGGGACUGGGUCUUUGUAUGUAGGGCACCUGGUCUAAUGUCUGACACACAAUAACAGCCAAUAUGUGUCUGCUGGUGAACUGUUUCUUGAAUGAAUUAAUCAUUUGGUCCUCACAGAUGAAGUCGUAAUUAUUUCUAUCAACCUCUCACCGUCAAAGGAUCUGUUUUGGGCGAGAAGGUGCAGAAAAUGUAGAACAGGUCUACACAAAGCAAUCUUUUUUUUUUUAAAUUAAAAAUAUCCCUUGAAAAGGGUGAUAAAGCUUUCAUGGGUUAUCCUUCUCAUUUACAGAAUAACACCAGGGAGUUUACAUCACUGGGUUAGACAGAGGAGCACCUUAAAAAAUGUAAUGACAUUGUACUUAAACCCUCUUCCACAGAGGAUUUGAAGUGACCUGCAGCAAGAGCAGACAAAAUUACAGUAAAAUCUGAAUAAAAAUUAAAGAAUCAAAACCAAAGAAAAUGUGUCGAUGAUUAAGUUAAGGCCGUGUUCCUGUUUUCUAUUGCUGCGUAAUGAAUAACCUCAAAACUUAGUAGACUUGAAUCACUAUGUUAUUACCUCUCGUGGUUCUGGGAGUGGCCUGGACUUAGCUAAACAGUUUCCGCUGUAUUCUGUUGGUUGAGGCAGUCACAAAGGUCAGCUGAAGUUCGAGGGGAGGGAACACAGGCCCCAGCACUCGAUGGGAAGCGUGUCAAUGUCACAGUAUAGGAGGAGCAUGUGGGAUGAGAUAUAUUGAGGCAGCUGUCUUUGGAAAAUACAAUCUGCUACACCAUGGGAGGGAGAAGAGGGCAAAUGUGCAUUAACUUCUCAGCUGAGUUACUGUUUUCUGAAGUUGCAUGUCAGUCUACCUCCCACAAAUACAUUUUCCCCAAUAGCCUUUAUGAGCCUGCUUAUUUUUUCUCAUUGAGCCAACACAAGCCAUUUUUAUCCCCAAAACAAUAGGUAUUAAAGAAGUGAACUUGAACAUCUCUGAGCUGCUGUAGCCAGGGGCGCUGUUUCAUCACGGAAGUGUUGUGGUAUUCAUGUUUCAGGCUAAAUGGGAGAGGGAAGAGGAAUACAAUUUGAGCCUGAACUUUUAUCAGAAAUUACUCAUUCCCUCCCAAAAGGAGUAGAAUAUGUCUUUCCCAUCAUCACAGCACAGCAGAGCAAACAAAAACUGCAGCUCAGAAACCAUGCAUACAUACAUUACAUAUAUAUGUAUAUGGUUCAUAUAGGUAUUAUACGUAUGUUCAUUGCAGCUUUGUAAUAGGAAGAGAUUGGUAACAACCUAAACUCUCUAUUACACAAACUGAAAGGAGUAGGGUCAGUGAUUUGGGGAGGAAACAUACAUAAGGAAGAGGUGGGGGGCUGUCCCCGUGGCUUAGCGGUUAAGCGCACGCGCUCCGCUAUUGGCGGCCCGGGUUCAGAUCCUGAGCACGCACCAACGCACCGCUUCUCCGGCCAUGCUGAGGCCGCGUCCCACAUACAGCAACUAGAAAGAUGUGGAACUAUGACAUACAACUAGCUACUGGGGCU